AUGAUUUCCUAUUUAAAAGACAAGAUAUGGAGGAGAUGGGCGCGUGCGCACAUUUGCACUUUGGCUCUUGCAUUUAGUUUGAACAGUACUUGGAGGAUACCACGUGAUGCAUUUAAAUACGGUGGUCUUUCAUACGGCUUGUUAAUAACUGCUGCUCUCCUCACAGUUGCUUUACCAGCUGUGCUGCUGCAGCUCUCAGUAGGGCAAUUAAGUCAACAGGAUCCUGUAGGAGUGUGGAAAGCUGUACCGUUACUUAAAGGUAUCGGUUUUGUAAGACUGGUGAUAUCAUACAUCGUAGCUGUGUGUGUUGUAACUUAUCUUGCGAUGUCGGUUACGUUGUUCUUCUACACGUUAAACCAUACAAUUCCGUUCCAGGAAUGUACAGAGUUUUUAGAAGUCGAGGGUCAACCACCAGCGGAAAUAAAUUAUAACGCAACCCAAUGUUUCAAUGAAUCAUUCUUCGCACCAAUACAGCAAAAGCCUGAAUAUUUCCUUGCGUUGUCUUUGGUCGUCCUGUUUCUUUGGGUCCUGUUCCCUUUUAUUUUAUACAAGCCGAUUAAGUCGCUAAAAUCGAUAUUCUACAUAUUGGGACCAAGUGCGCCAAUACUAUGGAUAAUAAUUAUUUUCUCUAUCGGUGAUAAGAAUAGUCUGGCAUGGUUCAGUAAGAACGAGGAUUGGUCGAACUUCUUGAGACCUGAGAUAUGGCUUAAGGCGAUAUCGCAAGCGUUAAUAGCGGUAAAUGUCGCUGGGGGAUUUCUUAUAUCUGCUGGCGAUUCUGUAUAUUGUACUUCCGACGUUGAAUGGACAACAUUUAUAUAUGUCGGAGCUAACAUUUUAUCGAUUUGGUUUGGAAUGAUAGUCUGGUUCGCUCUCGGUGAUACAGAUACCGGCAGUACAGUAUUUGCAGUACUCGCCAGGACUUACAAUUUUACCGUGGAGAAAAAUUUGAGUACCGCAUGGGCUAUUGUAAUUUUUGCUACGUUGUGUUUAUCAGGAGUUAUAAGUAUGGUCUCCCUUUUGUAUCCACUAUACGACCGAUUUCGACGUUUAGGCGGGCGUAUCAAAUGGCGUUACAUUGCUAUUGGAAGCUCGCUUUUAGGAGCCGGACUAGCAAUAGCCACACUAGUCGACCAUUCGGUUCUAAUACUCCUUGAAGAUACAGUAUUACCAUUUCUUGUCGCAUUCACUACGAUUCUUGAGAUUUGCGCAUUUAUUUUUAUAUAUGGUUGGAAAGUACUAUUGCACGAUAUAGAAUUCCUAAUAGGUAGACAUUUGCAACGAUUUUGGAUUUGGGCGUUAUGCGGAGUGCCCGGUAUCAUCGGACCGUUUCUGUUAUGGUGGUGCAUAACCCAGUUUUUGAGACAGGAUGCCUGGUGUCAGCCACCCUGGAUAGCUACUGGGUUGGCAGUCGCUCUGACUGCGACCAUAAUAAUUAUUAUUAUAUUCGCCAUUUACUCCAUUGCACGUCAAGUCCAGUACGAUAUUAUCGGGAAGUUGAAAUCGUCGAUACAACCGUCACGACACUGGGGUCCAAGAGACCCCAUAGCUCACUAUUACUGGUUGAUGAGACGAGAUGAGGUCGACCCUCACGCACCUCGUACCAGAUACCAUAGACGUAACUUGGGACAGUUUUCUGGUACAUCCAGCGCUGCGAGUUUCUCUAAAUCACAAGAAGUAAGCGACAACCUUUCAGAAACCAAGAGAAGAACGAACUCUGACGACUGGCUGUACAAAUACCGGAAAGAAUAUCUAACCCAGAUAUUCUAUAUACAUUAUCCGAAUAGACGACGCUCCAAAUCCCUCGAUUGGCCGAAGUCACACUUGAAGAAAGAGAAAAGACUCAUUGAACAAGUCAGUUCCUCCAGUUUGAACUCAACUCUGAACGAUUCAGUUAUUGUAGUGGAAAAAGGGAAUGGUGUUGCUUCAAAAUGCUAA